AUGGCGUCGUUACUGAAAUCGUUCUGCGAUCCAAAGAUCAACCCCCUCGCUCGUAUCCAUAAGAAUACCAUAGAGACUCGCCUUCGAAGAUACGGUCUCAGGUACGAUGAUCUGUUCGAUCAGUAUUACAGUAUGGACAUAAAAGAGGCAAUGAACAGAUUGCCCAGGGAGGUAGUCGACGCUCGCAACCAGCGUCUCAAGCGUGCCAUGGACCUCUCCAUGAAGCAUGAGUACCUCUCCAAGGAUCUUCAGGCGAAGCAGACCCCAUUCCGUUACUAUCUGCAGGAUAUGCUAGCUCUUGUUGAGAGGGAAAGACUUGAACGAGAAGCUUUGGGAGCUCUGCCACUCUACGAGCGCACACUUCCAUAA